CAACAACGCAACACAAUGUGCUCUGCUAUUUAUAGAAAAAAAGGCCAGUCAUGCUUUUUAAUCGCUACAGGCCCUGAUAUUUGACGCAACGGUGGUUUUUACAGCUUCAUAAUCCACCUCCUUACCUUUUUUCCAGAGUCAGCUGUUAGGUCACCAUGAAAACAAGAUUCACCACCGUGGACAUCCGGGCAGUUAUUGCCGAGAUAAAUGCCAACUACAUUGGCAUGAGAGUAAACAACGUGUAUGACAUCGACAACAAGACGUAUCUCAUCCGUCUGCAAAAGCCUGACAGCAAAGCUAUUCUCCUGAUUGAAUCUGGGACGCGUAUUCACUCUACAGACUUCGAAUGGCCCAAGAACAUGAUGCCUUCGGGCUUUGCCAUGAAAUGUCGAAAACACCUGAAGACACGGCGGUUGACCCAGAUUAAGCAGCUCGGUAUCGACAGGAUUGUCGACAUCCAGUUUGGCUCAGACGAGGCUGCCUACCACUUGAUUGUUGAACUGUAUGACAGGGGUAACGUCAUUCUCGCAGACCACGAGUACACCAUCCUGAACCUGCUGCGGUUUCGUACAGCAGAGGCAGAAGACGUUAAGAUUGCUGUUAGAGAGCGGUACCCUGUGGAGAGCGCCCGACCCCCUGAACCCCUCAUCAGUUUAGAGCGACUCACUGAAAUCCUCAGCCAAGCACAGAAUGGAGACCAAGUGAAAAGGGUCCUGAACCCUCACCUUCCCUAUGGAGCCACUCUAAUAGAACACAGUCUGAUAGAGGCAGGGCUACCAGGCUCUGCCAAAGUUGACACCCAAGUCGAUGCUGCACAAGUUGCACCAAAAAUCCUGGAAGCUCUGCAGAUUGCUGAAACCUACAUGGAAAAAACUGAGAACUUCAGUGGCAAAGGUUACAUCAUUCAGAAGAGUGAGAAGAAACCAAGCUUAACUCCUGGCAAACCCAGUGAAGAAUUGCUCACAUAUGAUGAAUUCCACCCAUUCCUCUUUGCCCAGCAUGCAAAGAGCCCCUAUUUGGAGUUUGAUAGUUUUGACAAGGCAGUGGAUGAGUUCUUUUCUAAGAUGGAGAGUCAGAAGAUUGACAUGAAAGCCCUGCAGCAGGAGAAACAUGCUCUUAAGAAGUUGGAAAACGUAAAGAGGGACCACGAGCAGAGACUGGAGGCCUUGCACCAAGCACAGGAGGUGGACAGACUGAAGGGUGAGCUGGUGGAGAUGAACCUGCAUAUUGUAGAGAGGGCGCUGCAGGUGGUGCGCAGCGCACUGGCAAAUCAGGUGGACUGGACUGAGAUCGGCAUUAUCGUCAAAGAGGCUCAAGCUGCUGGAGAUCCGGUGGCCUGUGCCAUCAAGGAGCUGAAGCUGCAGACCAACCAUAUCACCAUGCUUUUAAAGAAUCCAUAUAUUUCUGAGGAAGACCAGGAAGAGGAAGAGAAAAAAGAUGUGGUGGAGGAGAAAGGGAAGAAAAACAAAAAUAAAGACAAAGGACAGAACAAGAAGGUGCAGAAGAACAAGCCCAUGUUAGUGGAUGUGGAUCUUGGCCUGUCUGCCUAUGCCAAUGCCAAAAAGUACUAUGACUUCAAACGCAGCGCUGAGAAGAAGGAACAUAAAACCAUCGAAGCAGCAGAUAAGGCCAUGAAAUCUGCAGAGAAAAAAACACAGCAGACACUAAAAGAGGUUCAGACUGUGACCACCAUUCAGAAGGCCAGAAAAGUCUACUGGUUUGAGAAGUUCUUAUGGUUCAUCAGCUCAGAGAAUUACCUCGUCAUCGCCGGACGGGACCAGCAGCAGAACGAGAUGAUUGUCAAACGCUACCUCCGAGCAGGUGAUAUCUAUGUUCAUGCUGACCUCCACGGAGCGACGAGCUGCGUCAUCAAAAACCCCUCAGGUGACCCCAUCCCUCCUCGUACCCUGACAGAAGCUGGCACUAUGUCCGUGUGCUACAGCGCUGCUUGGGACGCCAAGAUCAUCACCAGCGCUUGGUGGGUUCAUCAUCAUCAGGUGUCUAAGACGGCUCCCACCGGAGAGUACCUGACCACUGGAAGCUUCAUGAUAAGAGGAAAGAAAAACUUUCUGCCACCCUCUUACUUGAUCAUGGGUUUCGGAUUCCUCUUCAAGGUCGACGACCAGAGUGUGUUUCGGCACCGAGGGGAGAGAAAGGUGAAGACUGUAGAGGAGGACAUUGAGGACGCCACAUCUAGAACUGCUGAGCUCUUAGAGGAGGGAGAGGAGCUAAUAGGUGAGGACAGCGGUAACGAGGAUCAGGGUGAGGAAAGAGAUGGAAAUGGAAACACGGCUAAGCGGGAUGAGGGCGCUGCUGUUCCUGGGGAGCCCACGUCAAACGCAAAGACGAUGCAGACAGAGCAGGAUGACAUGGAGGCGGAGGAAGAGGAGGGUGGAGAUGAAGACAGCGGGGAGGAAAAGGAGGUGAAGAAUGAAGAAAGCGAAGAAUUCAGCUUUCCAGAUACAACCAUCUCCCUCUCACAUUUACAGCCCAGCAGGAGUGCUCAGAACCCUGGUUUCAAAAAAGAAGUGACCACGCAGGCUGAGGCAGAUUCACAGGGGAGGAAACACAUGAGUGCCAAGCAGAGAAGAGAAGAGAAGAAGAAGAAGCAGAAACAGGAAGGUUGCGACACUGAGGAGAAGACGGAGACUUUGUCCGCUGGAUCAGCAGUCGAUCAGGGAUCCAAAGGUGGAGGAGGAGGAGGAGGAGGAGGCCCCUCCCAGCAGCCACCAAAGAGAGGCCAAAGGAACAAGUUAAAGAAGAUCAAAGAGAAGUACAGAGACCAGGAUGAAGAGGAUAGGGAGCUGAUGAUGCAGCUGCUCGGGUCAGCAGGUUCUGCGAAGGAGGAGAAGGAUAAAGGGAAGAAAGGAAAGAAGGGGAAAGGGAAAGACGAACCUGUGAGGAAACCAGCCCCUCAGAAACAACCUCCGAAACCUCGUAAUGUGGAGGCUGCAGCCAAGAAACCAGAGCAGACAGGAGGAGCAGAGGGUGAUGAGGGGAGACAGCCUGGAGAGGAGGGAGGUCCUGCUGACCAGGAGGACAAGGAGGAUGAAGUGGACCAGGACAACCCUGGAGCAGAGGAAGCCGAGAAUCUGCUCACCUCUCUGACAGGACAGCCUCAUUCUGAAGACGUGCUGCUGUUUGCUGUGCCAGUGUGUGCUCCAUACACCGCCCUAUCCAACUACAAACACAAGGUGAAACUGACACCAGGCUCUCAGAAGAAAGGAAAAGCUGCACGCACUGCAGUUUUUAGCUUUAUGAAAGCAAAAGAUGCCUCAACCAGAGAGAAAGACCUGUUCCGCAGCGUCAAGGACGCUGAUCUAUCCAGAAACAUGCCUGGCAAAGUUAAAGUGUCUGCUCCAAAUCUGCUCGCUGCCAAGAAGAAAUGAGAUGGGUAAACACAGACCUGUGGGACUCUGCCAACUUCAUCUAUAUUACAAGCAAGACCGUUACAGGCUAAGAUCUGAUCACCACAGUACAGUUCCCCCGUUUGGAUAUCAAUAAUUUUAUUUUAAAUAUUGAUUGUAUUUGUUGACCAACAAUUUGUUUGAAAUGAAAACAUGUAAAUUAACAAAGCUGAGCAGAAUGUGUUUAUUCUUUGAGUACGAAUUAACAGUAUGCAUUGUAUUCUACAAUAAAAAACACCAAGAGAACAUUGUGCAAACCAGGCAAAUACAAACAAAGCCCUACUGACAUUAGGCAUCUCAGUGCAAUGUGGCUCAACAUCCAAUACACUCACAAUUUAAGUUAUUGAUUAAAUAAAAAAAUUAAAUGCUACAGGAGCCACUCAUGACGAUUUAGAAGACUUUAUAAGCCUCUUGCAGAAUAAAGAACCCACACAUUUUCUCACAAACAUAUAAAUACCUAUAUA